GUUCGUUUAGAUAUGCCACUAGAGUCGAUUGUAGAUCCUACCGUAACGAUAAAUCCGUCUAAGAAAUUGAAAGAUUUUAUCUUGUACGAUGUAAAAGAUACGAAUGGUGCACCGGAUGGCAUCGCAUCCUUGCGCAAACUGAAAAAAUCCAAGAAGGAGAAGAUUGCAAGUGCCACGUUAAAAAUCGAGGAUCUCAAGUGGUUGAAUGGGUAUCUAAAAGAGAAUAGGAAAACUGCGACACAAAAGAUUUACCUGCACGAACUUUUCGAUGAUUCCGACGUGAUACUGCCGACGCCAAAGGAGACGCCACGGAAUCCAGAGCUGGAGGCUAGAAUACGGAAAUUAACGGCGCAGCAAAACGCCCGAGAAUAUCAGGCGAUGACGAAGAGCAUCGAUUCUGUACGGAAAUUCUUACCGGAAGACAGCAUCGCGUAUCAAAUGAAGGAGAUAAACAAGCAACUGAUUGCUGUCGCGCAAUUUGUAUUUUCCGUGAUAGCUGGCUUCGCUUUCGGAUUCAUCGGGGUAGAACUCAUAAUCGGGGACCUAGACUUCGGAUUUAGAUUACUCUUAGGUAUAAUUUGCGCGUUAAUUAUAGCGUUAGCCGAGAUCUAUUUUCUAGCUCUAAAAUUAAAUGAGAACGGUUUCGAUGUCACAUCCAAAUCGAAAAAGUUACAUCGAGACUAAAUACAACAUCCAAGCGUAUUCGGUCGUUCCAUUAUCUUGAACAUGCGUAUUAUAAGGAAGAUUAGUAAAAAAAAAAAAUCUUAAAAUGCUAAUAUAAAUAACACGCAACCUACUUUCGCUAACUUUGUAUUAUACAAAAGUUUAAAACGUUUACAUCAAUGAAUUAUUCUCCUAUGAUUGUUAUAUAAUUCAAGAUUCUUAAAGAUUAAAUAAAACGAAAUAUCGUGACAUCAA